AUGAAGACCUUCGCCAUACUACCGCUUCUCGCUGCGAUGAGCUAUGCUCUACCACAAGACAGCUGCACUACUUACACCAUUCAGCUCAUCGUCCCGACUACGACUGCAACCUACUCAUCGACAGCUGUGGUUACGGAGCACGCGACAACGCCCAUGGAUCUGGGCACUUUCACAUACGUCAAGACCAUUUCGUCGACGAAGACGCUGGAGACUGUCACGGUCACGACUCACGCUUGCGAACAUGCUGAUACAGUGUCUGCGCCGUACAAGACUGAGACUGUCUAUACAUCUGAUUACGCACAAGCGCCGUUCACCAAGAGAGACCUUGGUCUCAGUCCGCGCGAUGGGUGCACGAUCAUCGUGACCUCCACCACAACCUUCGGCCAGACACAGACUUGGGUUCCAGCAGGGGUGACCAGGACCUUCACCGACCAUACCGAUUUCACCCAGGCCACUGUGACCCGAACGACAACUGGCGGUAAAGCCUAUGCCAUCGAAACAGAGACUGUCACCAAACCGACAAAAUGCGCCGACGUCACCGUGAAGCCGACGGAGCCGACAGCGACCGUGACCUUGAACGCAAAGUGCUCACCUUCGGCCAUGAUCAGCGCAUACAACAACUUCGGUAUCGACUGGCUCAGCGACACACCAGCAGGCGGCGCAACCUACGAGACUACUGCGAGCGACGCAUCCGCUUGCUGUCAGAUAUGCGCUGAAGCACGGGACUGCGCUGCCAGUGCGUGGGACAUUCGGUCUGGCAACUGCAAGCUGGAGUUCCCAAUCGAAUUCUCGUCCGGCAACCUGAACUGCGGCCAGGGGCUAUUGGGCUACUACAACGCUGGCCCAAACCAUCCUAUGUCGCCGGGCACGGGUUGGUAUGUCGCUGAGAUGUGCGGGAAUGCGCAGUUUAGCAACAGCAAGCCAGACGAUGGCACGUAA